AACCGGAGCGGAAGUUGUUCCGUUACCGGUCUGUGAGUCCACAACGGAAACAAGAAGGAUGGAGUCUGAGAUGAUUGACUGGCAGCAGCAGAAGGUGGAGCUUGAACAGGAAGUGUGUCAUCUGCAGCAGGAGCUGGCGGAGAGUCGAGCAGAGAGGGAAGAGCUGGACUCUAGGAGCAGAGCCUUGACUGACAGGCUGCGUCAGGAGCUAUUUCCUUCACUCAACGCCUCCAUGCGUGAGGAGGAGGAGCAGAGGAAGUGGAGGAGGAAGCUGAGGGAGGGCCGGGAGCGGGAGGCUCGACAGGCGUUACUUGUACACCGCUUGCAGAACAAGGUGAUCGAGUACAGAGAUCGAUGUCAGCGUUUGGAUCUUCAGCUGCAAGAAGAACACACAAAACUGCUCAACACUGAGCUGAGGAUCAGAGAUGAACACAGUGACUCUCUGGAGAGUGCCCUCAUCAGGCUGGAGGAGGAGCAGCAGAGGUCUGUCAGUCUUGCAGAAACCAACUCUCUCCUCCGGGAUCAGCUCAGCCAAUCAGAGCAGACCAAGCAGGCGCUAAGAGAAGACCUGCAGAAGCUGACAGCUGAUUGGACGAGAGCCGUGGAGGAGGUGGAGCAGACUGAGGCUGACUGGCAGAGAGAGAAGGAGUGCCGGUGGGGCCAGGCGGCCCAGCAGCAGGCCCAGCUGCUGUCAGUGUGGAGGUCUGUGGUGGAUCUGAGGCGUCACUGUCACACGGUGAAGACAGCUGCUGACAGGGAUCUGUGGAACCUCAGAGCACAGUUCUCCAGACUCUCCUCUGAACUCCUCUCCAGCUGCUCCUCCCUGAGACUCGGUUCUCCUCACAACAAAACCUCCUUCUCCGCUGACCUUCUUCACCUCCCAGCCGUUCCUCCUCUCUCCUCCACACUAGUUCUCCCUCCUCCAGACUCGUCUCCACAUCAGCUGCUCUCCUCCUCCACCCAGGGAACCUUCUCCAUAGAUGAGCUGAAGGAGGAGGACAAAGUGGACAAGGAGCAGGAGGAGGAGAUGGUGGAGCUGAAGCUCCACGAGGCUGAAGUGUUUCAGCUGCAGCAGAGGAUUGAGGAGCUGACAAAUUCCCUGCAGGCUAUGGAUAGACAGAAGGAGAACUCAAAGGAGGAGGUGGACAGGCUGAUGGAGUCAGAGAGGAGGUUGCAGUCUGUGGCUCAGGCGGUCAUCAGACUGGUGAGAGUCCUGACUGCCACCAGCAGCAAAGAGAUUCAGAGCGUCUCCUUGGAUGACGUCCUCAGCCUGGACCUGUCGUCCUUGCUGUCCGUCCUUUCUCAGACUGAGAGCGUUCUGCAGUGGAGACACGAGAAGCUGCAGGGGGUGGAGUUAAGUCUGCGACAGGUCAGUGAGGAGAACAAGACUCUGCAGCUCCGACUGAAACAGCUGGAGGACGAUAACCAGCAGCUGCACGUGCACGCUCAACACACACAGCAGGAGCUGACACACAUGCUGACCACAGUCUGCAGGGAGAAGGAGGCAACGAAGUCCUUGAGCCUGCAGGUGGAGGAGGUGCAGAGGAGCGAGGAGGACGUGCAGAGAGAGAACGAUAGACUGAAGAGAGACAGAGACAGACUGGAGGAGAGGAACCGACAGCUGGAGAUACAAACACACAGACGGGUGGAGGCAGAGCUUCUGGAGAAUGUACAGCUGUCAGAAAGAGAAACUCUUCAACGAAUGGAGAUCCACAGUCUGAAGGGGGCGCUGCAGAGGGAGCAGCUGGACAGGCAGAGAGCAGAGGAAGAGGCUGCUGAUGUCAGAGACGCUCUGCAAAAGACUCGAGACAGCGUCCUGCGUCUUUCCUCCUCUGAGUUGGUGCUAAAGCGGGAGGUGGAGGACACGCGAGAAGCUCUGGAGAAGAUGUCCUCUCUGAACUCAUCUCUGGUCUCAGACAAAAGAGAACUGAACAAACAGAUGCUGCAGCUGGAGGUGGAGCUGUCUGACAGCCAGUUACGGAUGCAGACUGUGAGGUCAGAGGUCAGCUCCCUGCAGAGAGAUGUUAAAGUUCUGAACAGUGACUGUAGCCUCCUCAGAGCUCAGACGGAGGCUGACGCUGAAGUUGUUCAUCAGUUGAAAGAACAUCAGACAGAACUGGAGGCAGAUGUGGAGGAGAAGGAGAAACUACUGGUCUCCUUGGAGGAGGAGCGGCAAGCAGCAGAAUGGCAGUUGGAUGAGAUCUCCUCCCAGAAUGCCUCGGUACGUAAGGAACUGAAGGAGGUGCAGGAGCAGCUGUAUCACUCAGAGGAGGAGGUGAAGAGGAGGGUCAGACAGCUGGAGGAGCAACAGAGGGAGAGCAGGAGGCUGCAGGAGGAGCAGGAGAGUCUGAGGAGACACGGGGAGCAGUUGGAGGAAGAGCUCCAGGAGCUCAGGUCCCUGUCGGUGCAGCUCCACAUGCAGCUCCGUCAGCAGCAGCAGCGGCUGUCCCAGUCAGAGGUGGACAGGUGUCAACAGAACACACACAUCGGUACCCUGCAGAAGACCAAGGCCACCUUACAGGGGGAGAUCGAGUGUCUGAGAGGAGAGCUACUCCGAGAGACGACUCGGAGAGAAGACGAAAAGGAGAGGAGGGAGAGGAGCGAGGCUGACAGGGAGGAGCUGCAGGAGCUGGUGGAGAGGCUGAAGGAGGAGCUGGAGGAGCUCAGGAGGACAAGAUCAAAGGAGGACCAGGAUAAGCAGGAAGAAAAGGAGGCCUGGCAGAGAGAGAGAGGAGCUCUGAGUGAGGAGAUCGGGACGAGGGAUGGAGAACUGGAGGCGCUGAGGAGACGUAUUGAGGGACAGAUGAAGGAGACUGAGGAGAGGCAGGGAGAGGUGGAAAGACUGAGAGAGGAGGUGGUGAUGGGGGAGACUCAAAUCACCCUGAUGAUGGAGAGAAUUCAGCAAGCCAAGGAGGAGAAGAAGAAACUAGGGGAGGAGGUGAAGAGGAAAGAGGAAAUGCUGAGAGAGGAGGAGGUGAAGAGGAGGGAGGAAGACGUGUUGAGGGAUGGAGAGACUGAGGCAUUUUGUGAGCAGAUCGAGAAACUAGAAAGAGAAAAGGAGGAGAAUGAGGAGGAGAUUAACCGACUGAGAAACAAAAUCACUGUGUUAGAGGAGGAUGAGAGGAGACAGAGGGAGGAGGUGGAGAAUAGGGUGAAGGAUAACAUGGAGGUGGAGCUGCUGAGGCUAAGGCUGAAUGUAACUCAGGAGGAAUGUGAGGAGAUGAAGGAGGAGGUACGGAGGAGGGAUCUGAACCUGGAGCGACAGAUGAGCUCUGUCAGAGAGAGGGAGGAGGAGGUGGAGAAGCUAAAGGAGCACCUGAGGCUGGCUGAAGAGCAUGAGGAGGAGGGAGAGGGGGAGCGCCAGGAGAUGUAUGACAAACUAAAGCAGGAAGUGGCAAAGAAGGAGCAGCUGCAUGUUCUGCUGAAAGAAACCAAGGAACUCCUCCAGAAGGAGAUUAGAGAGGGAGAAGAAAAGGAGAAGAUGACCUCCUCACUGAUUAAGGAGCUGCAGGAGGCACAUGCUAAGAACGAGGGAGCAAGGAAGAGGUCCAAAGAGAUGCAGGAGGCCUGUGACAAGCUGGAGGAAGAGGUGAAGGAGUGGAAGGAGAAAGCAGAGUUGAGCUCAAAGGAAGCAUCAAAACUCCGUAACCUCCUAAGGGAGCAACAGUUGGAGGUGCAGCAGCUGGCAGCCACAUUGGAGGAGAAAGAGGAGGAUGGAAGAGAGAAGGAGGCCCACAGAAAGACUGAGGAGGAGAGGAGAAAAAAACUGGAGGGUAAAUUGAGGGAGGUGGAUCAAAAGGAAAUGGAAGAGCUAGGGAGAACCAGGGAGGAGAGGAGGAGAUUAGAGGAAAGACUAAAAGAUAUGGAUGAGGAGGUGAAGGAGCUAAGAGAGGUGCUAAGGAGGACUCAAGAGCAAAAGAGGAGACUUGAAAACAAACUGAAGGAGAUACAGGAGGAAUUGACAGGAGAGAGGGAGGAGAAGAGGAGGCUGGAGGAAGAAAUGGAGGAACAAAAGGAGGUGUUGAAAACUAAAGAGGGGAAACUAAGGGAGUUUAAAGAGGAGCAAAGGAGGCUGAUGGAGAGUGAGAGAGAUCAGCACCUCCUGCAGAAGGAGAAUGAGAGGUCCAGGGUGAGAGAGCUCAAAGAGGAGAAUACAGGCCUGUCAGUGGAGCUGAGGAAAAGGGAGAGGGAGGUGAUGGCUCUGAAAGAGGAGGUGCAGAGAGAAAAGGAGCAAACACAAGAGCAGCUAAAGAGGAACAGAGAGGAGAUAACAGCACUGAGAGAGGAGGUGCAGAGGGAAAAGGCCCAGGCACAGGAGGAGCUAAGGAGGAACCGUGAGGAGAUGCAGAGGGAAAAGGACAAGGCACAGGAGGAGCUGAGGAGUAACAGGGAAGAGAUGAUAGCUCUGAGAGAGGAGGUGGAGAGUGAAAAGGCUUGGACACAGGAGGAGCUGAGGAACAGAGAGGAGGUGCAGAGGGAAAAUGAGCAUGCACAGGAGGAGCUGAGAAGUAACAGAGAGGAGGUGACAGCUCUGAGAGCGGAAGUGCUGAGGGAAAAAGACCGGGCAGAGGAGGAGCUAGGUAAGCGGGAACAGGUGAUGAUGGCUCUCAAAGAGGAGAUGCAGAGGAAGAAUGACAAGGCACAGAAGGAGCUAAGGCUGAACAGAGAGGAGGUGACAGCUCUGAGAGAGGAAGUGCUGAGGGAAAAGUUACGGGCACAGGAGGAGCUGAGACGUAACAGAGAGGAGAUGACCGCUCUGAGAGAGGAGUUGGAGAGGGGAAAAGAUCAGGCAAAGGAGGAGCUAGGUAAAAGGGAACAAGCAUUAAAGACUUUCAAAGAGGUGCAGAAGGAGAAGGACAAGGCACAGGAGGAGCUGAGGAAGAACAGAGAGGAGGUGACAGCUCUGAGAGAAGAAGCGCAGAGGGAAAAAGACCGGGCAAAGGAGGAGCUGAGACUUAACAUAGAGGAGAUAACAGCUCUGAGAGAGGAGGUGGAGAGGGAAAAGGCUUGGACACAGGAGGAGCUGAGAAACAGAGAGGAGGUGCAGAGGGAAAAUGAGCAUGUACAGGAAGAGCUGAGACAUAACAGAGAGGAGGUGACAGCUCUGAGAGAGGAAGUGCUGAGGGAAAAGUUACGGGCACAGGAGGAGCUGAGACGUAACAGAGAGGAGAUGACCGCUCUGAGAGAGGAGUUGGAGAGAGAAAAAGAUCAGGCAAUGGAGGAGCUGAGACGUAACAAAGAGGAGGUGACAGCUCUGAGAGAGGAGUUGGAGAGAGAAAAAGAUCAGGCAAAGGAGGAGCUGAGACGUAACAGAGAGGAGGUGACAGCUCUGAGAGAGGAGGUGGAGAGAGAAAAGGAUCAGACAAAGAAGGCGCUGAGACGUAACGGAGAGGAGGUGACAGCUCUGAGAGAGAAGGUUGAGAGGGAAAAAGAUCAGGCAAAGGAGGAGCUAUGUAAGAGGGAACAAGCAAUAAUGGCUCUCAAAGAGGUGCAGAAGGAGAAGGACAAGGCACAGGAGGAGCUGAGGAAGAAUAGAGAGGAGGUGACAGCUCUGAGAGAGGAGGUGGAGAGUGAAAAGUUCCGGGCACAGGAGGAGCUGAGACGUAACAGAGAGGAGGUGACAGCUCUUAGGGAGGAGAUGUCUAAGGGACAAAGAGAAAAGGUGGAGGAGCUGAAGAAUUUUGAGGGAGAGAUAAUGGUUCUGAAAGAGGAGGUACAAAAAAAGCAAAAAGAGAAAGACGAGGCCCAAGAAGAGUUCCAGAGGGAACUUAGAAAGAGGGAGGAGGAGUGGAGUUGGAAGGAGUUGAAGAACAAGAAAGUUCAGGAGUGGAAGCAGCUGGAGGAGGUGCAGCAGGAGCUGAUGAGGAGCAAGUGUGAAGUGUUUGUACUUAAAGAAGAACUUGAAAAAGAGCAAAAAGAGAAGGAGGUGAAGGAACAGCUGAUGAAGAGAAGUGCCAAGGUGCAGGCGGAACUCAGCAAGAAUAAGAAGGAGUUGAUGGUCAUCACAGAGGAGGUGCAAAAAGAGAAGGAGCUGCUGAAAGAGAAGUUAGCAAUUGUAGAGAUGGAAGUGCUGACUUGCAGAGAGGAGGUGCAGAUGGAACAUAGGAGGAGUGAGGUGGAAUUAUCUCUACUCAGAGAGGAGGUAAAGAAGGAGCAGAGGGAAAAGCUUGAAUCACAGGAGGAGCUGAAGAAGAGGAGAAACAAUAUCAUCAUCCUUGAAGAGGAGGUGAAGAAGGAGUGCAGAAGGAGAGAGGAGGUACAGGACGAACUGAGAGGAGUGCAACAGAGUGUGGAUGUGAUGGAGAAGAGCCUCAGCUCCCUCAGAAGUCAGGUGUUGCAUCUGAGUUGUAGCAGGGAGCGAGCACAGCAGGAGGUGAAGGAGAAGGAGGAGGAGAAACAGCAAAUGAAGGAGGGUCUGAAAGUGGCGCUGGAUGAGAUGAUGAAGCUCAAGGUCCUCCUACAGGAGAGCCAUGCAGAGGGGGAGCGUCUGAGGAGCACACUGGAGAAGAAAAAGAAGGAGGUAGAGAAGAUCAAAGAGGACAGCCAGCAUGCAGUCAGGGAGGAGGUGGAGAAACAAGGAGAAGUGGAGGAGCUGAGAGCCCGAGUCAAGAGCCUGGAGCAGAGGAGGAGGGAGCUAGUUGAGGAGCUGGAGACAGCUGAGGGGAGGAGGAGGAGUACAGUAGAAGAGCUGAAAAAGGAGCAGGAGUUGAAGCUAAAAGCUCUCCACACAGAAACCCAGACACUGAGGAGGAAACAGGAGGAGGUGGAAAAAGAGUGGAGGUCCAGAGUGGAGGAGAAAGAUAUAAAGUUAAAUGAGGUGUGGAGGAAGGUGCAGGAGAGUCGGGAUGAGCUAAGCAAGGUCAAAACUUUGUUAGAGGAGCAGAAACCUCAGAUAUUCUCACAGGCUGCUGAGAACAAGGAGGAGCAGGAGUACACAGAAGGACAGAGGAGGAGGCAAAAAGGAGGAGGAGAGGAAGAGGAGGAGGUCUCUCUGCUGCAGGAGGAGAAACGGAUUAGGAGGCUGCUUCAGCAGAGAGAAGCUGAGGUGUACACUCUGACUCAGAGGAACCAGGAGCUGGAGGAGGACAGGGAUCGGGUCCGUCUGGCCCUGGAGCAAACGGAGGCAGCUGUGAUUGGCUACAGGGAGAGAGCCCACCAACGGGAGCAGAGUCUGGAGGCAGGGGCCAACACAGAUGAGGUUGUGGGGAACAGACUGAUGGUUCUGCAGCGUCUUAUAGCUGAACUGGAGCUGGACAAGAAACGACAGGACAAGAAGAUCUCCCAUCUGGAAAACCAGAAAGACAAACUGAAGAGAGGUCGAGACUCACUGAGAGACACUCUGAGACAGGUAGAGACACUCUGAGACAAGCAGAGACAAUCUGAGACAAGUAAAGACAAUUUGAGACAACUGCGGAACCGAGUGAAGGAGCUGGAAGACGAGCUCAGUCAGCUCCGCCUCUCAUUGGCUGAGGACCAGCAGCAGAGGGCGGAGUUUAUCGAGCAGUCCUCCAGAAACAGCCAAUGGCUGCUGUCCCUGAGAAACGACCUCACCAAUUCUCUGGCUGCUGUCACACGCCACCCCGUCCCCACCGUCCUGGAGUCUGAGACGCAUCGAUUGGACCGCAGCCUGAGGGAGGAGGAGCUUAGGAUCUCCCUCAGCCAAUCACAAUGACUG